AUCAGUGUGAUUCUCCGUGCAGUUCAUUCAAAUCUUUGUCUUCCAAGUUCUUCUAAAUUCUAUCACUGAAAAUUCGCUAGAAUUGAGAGUGACUCAUAAGACCAAAAAUUGUUAACAGUGUGCUUUAUAUUUUGGUGUCACUUCACAUCUUCAGAUACUACUGGACUUCAACAAUUCUUAGUCGCCAUGAGUCCCGUUGCCCUUGACAAUUUCUCCAAAGAUUCUGUGGACCCUUUGAUCUGUGAGAUUCGUUUGGUAAAGCGUCCUGGCAUUGAAGACUUUGAAGCAGCUUUCGAGGACUUGCCUUCCGCCGGUCCAGGCUGGAUGGUAAUCCAGCGUCGUAUCGAUGGCCUGGUGCCCUUUAACUCUAAGCAUUUGAAGCAUGAUUAUUGUUAUAGAAAUGGAUUUGGCAAUCUUGGAGCAGAGUUCUGGCUUGGUUGCGAAAGGCUGCACAAAUUAACUACAAGUGGAAGCUAUGAGUUGUACAUUCAUCUUGUCGAUUUUGAUGAUUCAGUUACCUUUGCUAAAUAUGAUAACUUUGUGGUUGGAAGCGAGGACGAGGGCUACGUUAUAAAGUCCCUCGGUGCAUACUCAGGAAAUGCUGGCGAUGCAAUGUCCACUUCGGUGAACUGUAAAUUUCUUCACGAAAUGACUUACUACGGCUGCUAUGGGAAAAUUUAUCAUUGGUCUUGGUGGAAACACGCUCAAUGUAAUUUGAAUGGAUUCUAUCAUAAAACCAUGACCUUACUGUCAGACAUCAAUGGCGUUUGGUGGGGUUAUAAGCCUGGGAACGAAAGACAUUCUCUAAAAUCGUGUAAAAUGCUUAUAAGGCCAAAAAUGGAUUAAGCGAGGCGACCAAAGCUAUUUUCAAUUCGUUCAACCAUCCCCAACGUCUAUAUAAAGGCUUUUGUUAUUCUCAUUUAUAUGUAUUAAAAUAAAUAAAAGUUAUUUGCAAAAAAAAA